AGCUCUGUUAUCCACUCGCCGGCGCCGAGAACUUCGGAGCGACCGGACGGGCCAUGGGGGCGUCCCUGGGUCGGAUCACGUAGCCGCGGCGCCCUUGGAGAGCCCGGGUGGCCCCGAAGCGCCCGCCCAGCCCUUCCCGCGUCCGGGCCAUGGGCAGCCGCGGCGGCCCCCUGUGCGCGGCGCAACCUGCGGUGGCCGAGGGCGGCCCGGCCCGGGAGCCGCUGCAGCUGCUGGAAGUGUGCCCCCGCAAGAGGCUGACCGCCGGGCCGGAGCAGGACCCAUGCGGCAGCCGCCCUGCGCCCGAGGGCGCCGGGCCGGGCGCAGAGCAAGGCCACUCGGCCGGUGGAGGCGGAUGGUGCCGUCACUGCCACACGAAGCUCGCCGAGCUCAAGCGACAGGCCUGGAAGCUGGUCAGCGGGCCUGGGACACCUCUCCGG